UUGGGGGGCAAGGAAUGGGAUGCACAGCAGAAAAGGAAAGGAAUACUGAUUUUUGUGUUUUAAUGUGUCAGGCAUUCUACAAACUUUAUCUCAUUUAAUCUUCAUGAUAAUAUAAAAUAGCUAUGGCUGUGCCCACUGUACAGAUGCUAUCGACUAAGGCUAUACAACUAAUAAAAUUGCAGAGCCCACGACUUUGACCCAGGAUUUGUCUGGCAGCAACGUCUCUCUCAAAGGUCGACAAAAUCCUGAGGCAGCUGUUUGCAGACUCGAGGCCUCAAUGUUGGCAGAAGCGGUUUUCAGAAAAAAGAAAGCGAAAGAAGUUCGAGGCACAAGCCUGUUGGAUGGGACGCACCGGCCGUCUGGGCGAGCCGAGGAUGCUUGCCUCGGGCCCCUUCCCGCAGCUUCUCUGAGUCCAGGGGCUCCGACCUCCGAAGAACUUGCGAACCGAGUUGCACAUGUACUUCCAGAGCCGGACGAGAUCCGGAGGCGGGGAGGUGCGGCUGGGCGGAACCCUUGGGCGCUUCAGGCCUUCCGCCGCUCUUCCUUUGGGAGGAUGUCAAGAGAUGAGUUCAGCAAGAAAGAUUGCCUUUCAAUCAGGAAUGUUGUAGCUUCAAUCCAAACCAAAGAAGGUCUGAAUCUCAAGUUGAUAAGUGGAGAUGUUCUAUACAUCACGGCUGAUGUCAUUGUCAACACUGUUCCCAUGAAUCUUCAGCUUGGAGGAGGACCACUAUCUCAGGCAUUUUUGCAGAAAGCUGGUCCCAUGCUCCAGAAAGAGUUAGAUGACAGCAAGUGGGAAACAGAGAAAAGAGUGGGUAACAUAUUCAUGACAAGUGGCUACAAUCUGGACUGCAAAGCUGUGCUCCAUGCGGUGGCUCCAGAUUGGGAUAAUGGAGCGGGGACUUCUUGGCAGAUCAUGGCAAAUAUAAUCAAGAAAUGUUUGACAAUUGCAGAUGAGCAAUCUUUCUCAUCAAUCACAUUUCCCAUGAUUGGAACAGGAAAUUUGCGGUUUCCCAAAGCUGUUUUUGCUAAACUAAUCCUUUCAGAAGUGUUCGAAUACAGUAGCAGUGCAAGGCCGAUAACUAAACCGUUACAAGAAGUCCACUUUCUGGUAUAUACAAAUGACGAUGAAGGCCCUCAGGCAUUUUUAGAUGAAUUCACUAAAUGGUCAAGAAUAAAUCCCAACAAGGACAGGAUUCCCACGGCUGGAGAUACCCAAGGUGUGGUCGGGACUGUCUCUAAGCCUUGUUUCACAGCAUAUGAAAUGAAAAUUGGUGCAAUUACUUAUCAGGUUGCUACUGGAGACAUAACCACUGAACAGGUAGAUGUUAUUGUAAACUCAACAACAAGGACAUUUAAUCUGAAAUCAGGUGUGUCAAAAGCUAUUUUAGAAGCUGCUGGACAAGCUGUGGAAAAUGAAUGUGCUGCACUAGCUGCACAGCCGCACGGAGAUUUUAUAAUUACACAAGGUGGAAACUUAAAGUGCAAAAUAAUAAUUCAUGUUCUUGGGGAAAAUGAUGUCAGGAAAACGGUCACCAGUGUUCUAGAAGAGUGUGAACAGAGGAAGUAUGCAUCAGUUUCCCUUCCAGCCAUCGGAACAGAUAAUCUUCCUGAACACUGGACUGACAUGAAUCAUCAGCUGUUUUGCAUGGUCCAGCUAGACCCAGGACAACCAGAAUAUAAUACCAUAAAGGACACGUUCACCCAAACUUGUUCUUCCUACACAAUAGAGAAGAUUGAGAGGAUACAGAAUGCAUUUCUCUGGCAGAGCUACCAGGUAAAGAAAAGGCAAAUGGAUAUCAAGAAUGACCAUAUGAAUAAUGAGAGACUCCUCUUCCAUGGGACAGAUGCAGACUCAGUGCCAUGUGUCAAUCAGCAUGGCUUUAAUCAAAGUUAUGCUGGGAAGAAUGCUGUAUUCUAUGGAAAAGGAACCUAUUUUGCUGUGGAUGCCAGUUAUUCUGCCAACAACACCUACUCCAAGCCAGACAAUGGGAGAAAGCACAUGUAUGUUGUGCGAGUACUUACCGGAGUCUUCACACAGGGAAAUGCAGGAUUAGUUACCCCUCCACCCAAGAAUCCUCACAAUCCCACAGAUCUCUUUGACUCAGUGACAGACAAUACACAAUCUCCAAAGCUAUUUGUGAUAUUCUUUGAUAAUCAGGCUUACCCAGAAUAUCUCAUAACUUUCACGCGUUAAAAAUAUUUUUAUCAUCAAAGAGAUUUUUUAAGUCAUCUGUGAGAACAACAUGCAAUCUUUGUCUUUGCUUUUGGCCUGUUUAAGCAGACAAAAGUUUCCCUUUUAGGUGCUAAAAUGCUGAAAAUUACCUUUUGAAAAUGCUCUAUUGCUGCAUUUUGUAGCAUACCUUUUUUUCUCAGCAAAUUGAUGGGUGGAAGCUAAGAAAUGUAUGGUAAAUGUCACAGUUAGAGCUACAGCUGUGUAGCUGUAAAUACAGACACCAAAUCUGUAGGAGAAUAAAAAGCACAUUAUUCUUUUUCUAUCAGAAAAAAACAAGAUACAUCACCUUAAAGCCCAGAUGACACUGUUCUACUUGGACCAUGUUAAGACAUCGAAUGGUGGCGGGUUAAACUGUACUACUUAAGUGGAGAGGCUACUGUUUUGCAUCUGUAACAGCUGGGGAUUUUGCCUUAUUAAGAAAAACCUGUCGAUAGUUCAGCUGAAAUGACUGGACCACAGAAUAUUAACUCUGUUAUGGAACAAAUCAUAACAGAUUUUACCUGUUUACAUUUCAAGUAAAAAUGUGUAAAAAAAUUACCCCCAAUUUUAGUGACUUAAUCCCACACAGUCUUUGUGGGUCUGGAGUUCAGGUAUGGCCUACCUGGUCAUUCUGCUAGAGUCUCUCUGAAGUUACAGACAAGAUGUCAGGGGAUGUGGUCAUCUGAAGCCUUGUCUGGGCUGGAGGUCUAUUUCCAAGGUGAAUCACUCACAGGUAUUGGCAGUCCUCAGUUCCUCUCCUCACAGGCCUCUCCACAGGCUGCUUGAGUGUUCUCAUGACACAAGAGCUGGCUCACUCCAGAGUGAGCAACUCAAGAGAGAGCAAGGCAGAAGCUACCAAGUCUUUAUGAUUAAAGUCAUACACCAUCUUUUCCGCAGUAUCCUAUUGAUUAUUUGGAUCAUCUUGUUCAACCUGGGAGGGAAUUGCACAAGAACAUGAAUACACACUGGCAAGGGUCAUUGGGGGCCAGCUUGGAAGCUGUGUGAAUGAGCAAAUGAAUGCACAGAUAGAAUGUUAGCAGCGAAAAUGAUGCUAGAGGUCACCUACCCCACUGUCCUCUUGUCUUUCUUCCCCAACCCUCCCCUGCUCCCAGGCAAGAAGCCCUCUAGCCUCUGCUUGAUCACUUUCAGCACUCCACAUCUUGAGGAAACUUAUUCCACUGUGGGACAGUGUUAAUUAGUGGAAAACUCUUCUUUUCAAAAGUUGAAAUCAGUUCCUCUAUGUCUAUUACCUGCUGAUCACUGUCCAGACUUCUGGAGGACACAGAACAAGUUUUAUUCCUCUUACUGAUGGUAGCCUUUCAGAUCCAUCCCUUCCCUCCAGUAUAUUAGAGUUAUGUAAAUCCUUAAAAUGCCUAGCAGUUUAUUUAUCCUGAAGCAUCACUUUUGAAGAGUUACAGACAUUUAAGAAGUAUUUACAUUAUCAUAAAUAAAUUACAUGUGUAUUUAAAGAGGACAGAAGAGUAUAAAGAAAAAUAUCUCACCAAACUCACUCAUAAUUCCAGCACUAAGGGAAAACCACUGCCAAUUUCUCAUGUUCUCCCUUCCAGUUUCUUCUCUGCCCAAAUUCAACAAAGUCAAAAUCACAUUUUGUUCAGUCACAAAUCAUAUAAUAUUAUUUCUACCAUUUUUCAUUUAACAUUACAAGUUGUUCUCCUGUAUUGUUAUUUUUUCUGUACACAUAAUUUUAAUGGCAGAGUUAUUCUGCUUUAUAUCUUUUCCCUAUUUUAUGUAUAUAGAAUUAUAAAAUUUUUAAAAAUGUAACCAUCAUUUAUAGUUUAAUAAUCAGUUUUAU